AGCUACGCAUAUCAUCCACUAGAACGUGAUUAUUCUCCGACUGCAAUACUUUCAUGCAGCGGUCAACUCUCCAUCGUGCCGAAGCCGCGGAGUUUGAUCUACGGCAUGGUCAGUUAUAGCCUGACUUAUCUGCCAGUUGAUCUUCUACGGUAUGCACUUAAUAUCGCUACGAACACGCCGCAUGUCGACCACUUUUCACAAACGCCACAAUGCAUAUUGAGUAUAUUAGAAGAGUAGAAGUACGAGGGGAAUUGCGGCGGCUGGACUCUUCCCUAGUGAUGGCAGUCUGGCUACUCUCGCUUUCACUGAUCUUGUGUAUCUCAAUGCGACUUCUGUACAGCUUCAAACAGCGGAAAUCUCGUCUGUCGCCAGCAAAGGAUGAUGUUCUGAUCGUAGCUGUGGGUCUCCUUGGUCUUGCCAGCAUGUUAGCCUUGUCGACCACUGUUACACGCAUUGGAACACCAGAUGGCACGCCAUAUGCAGUCGAAACAAGCCAACUACAAGUCAUAUCAUACGCUUCCACGAUAUCUUUCGUCUUCGCCCUGAGUCUCUCGAAGAUGCCAUUGGUUCUAUGGCUCAAGCGACUCGAGCUCCCUAGAGCGUACAGGAUGUUUACCGUCGUAACAGGCUGCAUGAUACUUGCGCACAUGCUUUCCGCGGCAACUAUGAUCAUCUUACAAUGCCAGCUACCCACACCUUGGAAUAUCCGAAUGGGUCGAUGUACAUCAUCGCACCAAAUCUGGACAACCGUCAUCGCCAUCGACAUCGUAUUCGAUAUGAGUUUAACCGUUAUGCCUGUCUUUGCUGUUAUGAGAAAAGGCAGUCAGCAUCCCAGAGAAGGUUGGGUCGCGAUUAUCCUCUCCCUUCGGACCUUCUUGAUUGUUCCGUCACUCGUACGACUAGUCUACCUUCAACAGCCCACACCCAACAACUACAUAUUCCUGUUAGAAAGUCUACCAUACGCCCUUGCGACUCAAUGCCAAAUCACCAUAGCCGCAAUACUAUCCUGCACUCCCGCACUACCAUGCUUAGCAAACCUCACCAAACACCCUUCUCCAGAUAAAGCAACGAUUCUCAGGAAGCACUGGUCCAACUCAAGCUCCUGUAGCGACAUAGCCAAUGCCUAUUUUGCGUCCGCGCCGGCACCAGUCACCAAGCAGUCUCUGCCGACCAUACAAGCUUCCAUGGCCGCUCCUCCGAGCCCUCCCUGCCCAGCACACGCGGUCUUUCUGCCCAGUCCCAUGGUCGGCAGCGUUGCGAAGGCCCAGGCGCCUCUCCGACCACCGCCGCCGUGCGAACAUCAGCGUCCUGAUAUGAGUUUGUUCAUCCACAACCCGACAGUCACGAGGCCACCUCCUGUGGCUUUGCUGAAUGGUGGUUCGGCAGAACGUUUAAGUGCUAGGGUAUUGGGGAGGAAACGUAGUAAAGAGGAAAAUGUCAGAACGUCUAAGCAUGUCACGUUCGAUGUGUGAGAUUACGAUGCUGAUCAAAACGAUGGUUGUUGGAUUACACACUAUACUACCGAAGCUAUAAGUUUAAUAUAAUCUCUCGUGUAUUCAUAUG